CAAGUUCGUUAACAAUGAAAUACUUAAGAAUUUGUAUUUUCGUUUUUCUCUUGGAAAGCUCAAACGUUUUGGCCAAACCAACCCUAUUUAGUGAAGAUUAUUAUGACUUUUUUGACAUUUUUUUCGAUCUUUUCGAUUCAGACUCUAGCGAAGAGUUAUCGUUUGAAGAUCAAAAUGUGACAAUACAUUGCAAAAACUGUUCGGUGGCUGUAAAUGGAGAAUUUUUAGGAACUACUAAAGUGACUUCAAUGCCACUCAUAUCAUCAACAACGCCUUUUCCAAAUUUUCCUUUUUUUCCGUCUUUUCCUUCUUUUCCUUUCUUCUUUCCACCACUACAAAUAGAAACAGCAUCACCAUCAAGUUCACAGCCAACUACUGAAUUAGCAUCGCCUUCAACGAGACCAAUUUCAACUAGCCCUACCACAUCUGCACCAACAACAUUACAACCAUCAAAUCUAGCAUCAUCUACUUCAGCUCCAUCUAACCAAGCAUCUUCAAAUCCAAGUUCAUCACCAGCCAGUCCAUCACCAGCCAAUCCACCGUCAGCCAGUCCAUCGUCAGCUAGUCCAUCACCAGUGAAUCCAUCACCAGUGAAUCCAUCACCAGUGAAUCCAUCACCAGCCAGUCCAUCACCAGUUAAUCCAUCGCCAGCCAGUCCUUCACCAGUGAAUCCAUCGCCGGCCAGUCCAUCACCAGUGAAUCCAUCGCCAGUAAAUCCAUCGCCAGCCAGUCCAUCAUCAGCAAAUCCAUCGCCAGCCAGUCCCACACCAGGAGAUCCAACGUCAGCAGCAAAUCCACCAAUAAUUUAAACUCUGUCAGAUGAAAUAAUUUUCUUAGCUAAUAAGCCAGUGAAAUGGAGAGGUUUGUAACUUUCAUAAAAUGUACUUAGUAGCUUAUUUGAUGAAGCAUUCACAUAAAAUCUGAAAAUUUAUGUAUUUAAUUUUAUAAUAAAGAAGCUAUUUAUUGCAAUUUAAA